UUGUUUCUCCGCUCCAUUCGACCAGGAAAGCAACUCAAAGCGAAUCAAAUUUGAAAAGCGAACGGCGGAGAGUAUCCGUAAGAUACUCUAGGCGAACAGUACCAGUUUGCUCUUCGUGCACAGCACUUCGAAUAUUUGUGAAGACGGUAUUCAACGACUACUCACCGACCGACAACAACAAAUUGUCUUUUUUCGCGUUCGAAUAGAAAAAAGUGGCCAAGAAUUUGUUUACCAGUGUAGAGUGCAACAACAACAACAACAACAGUGGCGAAAAGAAAAGCAAAAAAGUGAAAACAACACAAAUACAACAGCAGAAACUAACGGUUAAAGCGCGCCGCAAAGUAUUCUCUUCAUCUACGCAUCCUUUUUUGAAGUGGAUUAAGAAAAGCUAAAGUCAGCAAAAGGAUUCCCAAAGCCCCGCUAAUAAUUGGCUCGCUGGAAAUCAUAGCCGGAGAAAUUCUCGCGACCGUUCAAAACCCAUCCAAGCUGCUGCUGGCGUAGCCGGAACGAAGCCAAGAUGCCGGCGGAAAUUAAACCAUCCGCACCCGCUGAGCCGGAAACGCCAACCAAGAGCAAAUCCAAGACCAGCUCCUCAUCAUUUUCCAAGGCAGCCCUGGCCAGGGUAACGCUGCUGGAUGGCUCCAUCCUAGAUGUGACCAUUGAUCGCAAAGCCAAGGGUCGCGACCUGGUCAACUCCAUCUGUGCCGGCCUGAACAUCAUUGAGAAGGACUACUUUGGUUUGACCUAUGAGACGCCCACAGAUCCACGCACUUGGCUGGAUCUGGAGAAGCCGGUGGCCAAGUUCUUUCGCUCGGAUCCCUGGCCUUUGAGCUUUGCCGUCAAGUUCUAUCCGCCGGAACCGUCGCAGUUGCAGGAGGAUAUCACGCGUUAUCACCUGUGCCUGCAGGUGCGCAAUGAUAUCCUCGAGGGUCGUCUGCCCUGCACCUUUGUCACCCACGCCCUGUUGGGCUCCUAUCUGGUGCAGUCCGAGAUGGGUGACUAUGAUGUCAAGGAUAUGCCCACUCGUGCCUACCUGAAGGACUUCAAGAUCGCCCCCAAUCAGACGCCGGAGCUGGAGGAUAAGGUCAUGGAUCUGCACAAGACCCACAAGGGACAAUCGCCAGCGGAGGCUGAGCUGCAUUACCUGGAGAAUGCCAAGAAGCUGGCCAUGUAUGGCGUGGAUUUGCAUCCGGCCAAGGACUCUGAGGGUGUGGACAUUAUGCUGGGCGUUUGUGCCUCUGGAUUGCUGGUCUACCGCGAUAAACUCCGCAUCAACCGCUUUGCCUGGCCCAAGAUCCUAAAGAUCUCCUAUAAGCGUCACCAUUUCUACAUCAAGAUCCGUCCCGGUGAAUUCGAGCAGUACGAGUCCACCAUUGGCUUCAAGCUGGCCAAUCAUAGAGCCGCCAAGAAGCUUUGGAAAUCCUGCGUGGAGCACCACACCUUCUUCCGUCUGAUGACACCGGAACCGGAAAACAAGUCCACCAUGUUCCCGCGCUUUGGUUCCAAGUAUCGCUACAAGGGACGCACUCAGUAUGAGAGCAGGGCCACGCCCGUGGAUCGCACGGCUCCUACCUUUGACAGGACUCUGUCGGGAGCUCGUCUCACCUCACGCAGCAUGGAUGCUUUGGCCAUGGCCGAGAAGGAGAAGGUGGCCCGCAAGAGCAGCACUUUGGACCAUCGGGGAGACCGCAAUGCCGAUGGCUCUGAUGCCCACAGUCGCAGUCCCAUCAAGAACAAGAAGGACAAGCCCCCGACAGAGCUGUACCUUGACUUGAUGGAUGAGGAGAAGGAGGCCAAGCUGCGUGAGAAGAAGCAAAAGGAGAAGGAGGAAAAGGAGCGCAAGGAGAAGGAGAAACGAGACUUGGAGGAGAGGAAGAAGGCCGAAAAGGCUGAGAAGGCGGCCAAGGCAGCAGCAGCUGCUGCAGCUGCCGCUGCUGGUUCGGCAGUUAAUGGCAAUGAUGAGCUGAACGAUUCCAACAAGUCGGACAAGUCCUCAGGCAGACGUGGGGUUGGCAUAUUCUCCUCGGGUCGCAAGAGCAAGAGUGGCUCUCCGUCCAAGGACGGCGGCAAGGAUAAGUCGGGCAAGGACAAGGACAAGGACAAGGAAAUGGGUCGGCUUGGUCUGGUCGUUACUUCGGGUCUGGGCGCCGAUGGUCAGCAGGAUAAGGAUCUCGAGGAGGCGGCCAGGAAUGCGGCCAAGAACCGAGGAUCCACCACUCCUGGAGGAGUUACCAGGCAGUAUGAGUAUGCUGUGGAUGCCGAUGGCAAUACCAGUCCGACGAGGAAGUCAUAUACCCCUGGUGGUUUCCGCUACGACCAGGAUCCCAACUCUAGAAAGUCCGGUGCAGAUGGACAGGAGCAACUUUCGCCCACAUCGCAGCAGAAAAAGAUUGGCCUGGCCUUCAACUAUGCUCCGGGCAAUGAGAAUGCCCUGAAGGAGACCGCCGAGAAGCUAAAGGCUGGCCAGCUAUCGCCGCGCACCCAGGACAAGCUGAACCGUGGCCAGCUGUCGCCCAAGUCGCGGGCCAAGCUCCUGCAGGAUCCCCUGCUCUCGCCCACCACCCGGGCCAAGCUCCAGGGCAGCGCUGUGGAUGCGGCCGCUGUUCCGCUUAGCGACUCUCAGAAGCGUUCCUAUUCGCCCACAAAGGGUCCUCAAGGCUACUCCUCUGGUGCUCCGGGUAGCUACAAGCCCAUCUCAGAUCCCACAGCUGACUUUUUGGAAUCGCAGCGUUAUAAUAAGGAGCCUGGCUAUGUGGGUCCUGCGAAGGCUGGUGCUGGUGCUGCGGGAGCUGCUGCUGGAGCUGCUGCUGCGGGAGCUGGUGCUAAGAAGCCUGGUUCACCCAAGAAAUCAGGUUCCGGAGCUCCAGGAGCUGGUGCUGCAGCUGCUGCUGCUGCCGCUGGCAAGCCCAAGAAGAAGCGCGUCAAGAUCAUGGUCAUUACCUCCAAAUUUGAUCCCUCGACCAAACGCAUUGAUGCCGAGAAUGGAACUAUUGAGCACUCCACUGGCAUUCUAGAUCCUGCCACCGGACGCAUCGAUACCAAGUACGGUGUAAUUGAUCCCAAGAAGGGAACUUUGGAGGCUCUGAAUACCAAGACUGGCAAGAAGGAGCUGUUCCAGGGCGAUGUGGACAGCAAAACGGGUAAUCUGCAUUUGGUUUCGGGAGUGGCAGAUCCAAAGACGGGACGCCUGGACGAAUCGCUCGGCCAGAUCGUUUGCAUCACCCCGCAGGACAAUCCGGUGGUGGAGCUAACAGUGAUCACCAGUCGCAUUGAUCCCGCUACCGGCAAGAUAGACACCGUUAAUGGGGACGUGGAGCGAUCGCUGGGCGUCCUCAAUUUGGACACUGGCCUCCUGGACACCAAGUAUGGAGAGAUUAACACCCGCACCGGCGAACUGAAGGCCAUUGAUCCCAAGUCGGGCAAGAUUGUGGUCAGCAAGAAUGUGAAGGUGGAUCCGGGCACUGGACAGAUCACCAUUCUGGGCGUUAUUGACCCAAAGACUCACAAGAUCGAUCCUAACCAGGGACGCCUCAUUGAGGUGGGUCAGCAGAUUGAUCCCAUUGUGGAGGUUACCUCGCUGGCGGGCAAGUUCGAUUCCAAGAAGAACAUCAUCGAUGCCAAGACAGCUCAGGUGGAGACCUCAGGCGGACAGUUUGAUCCCAAGGCCGGCAAGAUUGACACCAAAUACGGACAGAUCGAUCUCGUCAAGCACACCAUUACCUUCAAUGAUCCCAAGUCCGGCAAGACAGUGACCAGGGACAUCAAGAUUGAGCCCACCACGGGACAGAUUGUGCUGAAGAACCAGGUCAACCCCAAGAACAACAAACCCGACAAGGACUAUGCCAGGAUUAUCUCAUUGAGGAUUGUGCAACAGCGUGUGGAUCCCGCCACCAAAGCGCCCAUCACCCAAGUCAGUGCCGCCAAGGAUAAGGACAUUGUGGUGGAUCCCAAAUCCAACCAGAUCUGGAUGCCAACCGGAGCCAGCGACCCAGCCACCAAGGAACAGCAGUACAUCUCCAGCAGUGUGGAUCCCAAGACUGGCUACGUUAUCACCAUCUACGGCUACCUGGACCCCAAGACCAACGAGAUCAAGAAACAGACCAAGCUGGACCCCAACACGAUCAAGAUCGAGCCGACGUCGGGCAAGAUAUACACGGCCACCGGCGAGGUGGAUCCCUCCACCGGAGAGCCACUGUACGCGGCCACCCAGGUGGACCCCGAGUCCGGCGAGGUGUACACCAAGCUGGCCCGCGUCGAUCCCAAGACGGGCAAGAUCGUGAUCGUCCGCAUCCUGCUCAUCUCGAAGACGGACGAGCGCGGCCGUCCGGAGGAGAUCGAUCCCUCCACCUGCGAGAUCGAUCCCGUCUCCGGCCGUGUGCUUAAGUUCUUCAAUAAGACCGUCUAUGUGUACAAUAUGAUUGAUCCUGUCACCGGUGAAAUUGUACAGGUGGACCCCAACGAUCCCCGGUUUGCCGGCGCCCGCACCACCGUCACCCACACGAUGACCCUGACUGGCGAGAUUGAUCCCGUGACCGGACGCAUUAAGAGCGAAUAUGGUGACAUUGAUCCCAAUACGGGUGACAUUGAUCCAGCCACGGCAGUCACAGAUCCUGUGACCGGCAAGCUAAUCCUUAACUACGCCCAAAUCGAUCCCUCUCACUUCGGCAAAGAGGUGCAGACCACCACGGAGACGGUGCCCAUCACAAGGCAGCAAUUCUUCGAUGGCGUUAAGCACAUAGGCAAGGGUGCCCUGCGACGUGACUCGGAGGGCAGCUCCGACGACGACAUGACCGGACAGUAUGGCAACGAACAGAUCAAGGACAUUGUGCUGAGCAGCUCCCAAGCUCAGGCGGCGGCGAGUGGCAAGCUGGGCAAGCCGGUGAGCACGCCGACGGUGGUGAAGACCACCACAAAGCAGGUGCUGACCAAGAACAACGAUGGCGUGACCCACAACGUGGAGGAGGAGGUGCGCAACCUGGGCACAGGCGAGGUCACCUACUCCACGCAGGAACACAAGGCUGAUGCAACACCCACCGACCUGAGUGGCGCAUAUGUCACGGCCACCGCUGUCACCACCCGCACCGCCACCACGCACGAGGAUCUGGGCAAGAAUGCCAAGACCGAGCAGCUGGAGGAGAAGACAGUGGCCACCACCCGCACCCAUGAUCCCACCAAGCAGCAACAGCGCGUUGUCACCCAGGAGGUGAAGACGACGGCGACAGUGACCAGUGGUGACCAGUAUCAGAGGCGGGACAGUGUCUCCUCGACCAGCUCCGGCGACUCGGGCACGCCCAUCGACGGACCCUACGAUGGUGCCAGCGUGGUGCGCACAGAUAACCAGAAAUCUCCGCUGUAUACAACCUCCGCCUCGGGCUCUACCCCUGGACCUCAUGUGGAAAGCACCCGAGUGGUCCUGGGCGAGGAUACACCCGGCUAUUCCGGACAUGGCGAAAUCAUCUCCACCCAAACCGUUAGCAGCAAAACCCGCACUGUGGAAACCAUUACCUACAAAACCGAACGCGAUGGCAUCGUUGAGACCCGUGUGGAGCAAAAGAUAACCAUUCAGUCCGAUGGAGAUCCCAUUGAUCAUGACAAGGCCUUGGCCGAGGCAAUACAAGAAGCGACGGCUAUGAAUCCCGACAUGACCGUGGAAAAGAUCGAAAUUCAACAGCAAACGCAGUAGAUUUUAUAAAACUAUUUCUAAAUAAUAAAACAAAAUACUUUUGAGGAUUUUCUAAGUACUACACUCACCACAAACACACACACCACACAUGAACACAACCACCCACGCAUAAUGCAGCACUGGCAGUACACCUUUUAUACAAGCUAAAUAUAUGGCUAUAUCUUUAUAUAUACCAACGACCUCGAGCUAAAGAAACCCCAAUCAGAAGAAGAACAACCUAAACAUGACAUAACAAUAAGAAUAGUAUCCCCCAAGUAUCCAAUUAUCCGAUGCAUCCACAUGUUUAUUAUUUUUAUUUUUAUUACAACUGUUGUUUAUAAUUACUUUUUAUUACGUCUAUUAUAUAUAUAUAUUGAAUGUGCAAGGCAACAACGUUGAAAUGAAAUGAAAUGAGAACUCUUAUAUAUUGUAAACCACAAUUGCAUUCAAGAAUAAAGAAUAAAACCUAAAUGUACAC